AUGGAGCCGCAGCUGAGCGGAGAUGGGAAGCCGUCCGUGUCCUGGAUCCUCGGCCCGGCCCUCGUCCUCUCGGUCCUGGCUGUGGGGGUGAGCUGCCAUGGCGCGUGCAGACACCGAGUCCCCAGUCCGGAUGAGGUAAGCCCCGGGUCAGACCGGACCAGAACCGGUUAGCUCUGAUGCUACCCGGCUAAGAAUCUUUUUUUGAAGGAUGGUAGGGUAAGGUCCCGCCCUCCUUCACCUCUGAUUGGCUAGAAGCGCUGUCGGAUUAAUGUUCUGUUCAAUGUAAACCCGCGCUUCCAGCCUUUCUAGCCAAUCAGAGGCAAAGGAGGCGGGACUUUUCCCUACCAUCCUACGUGAAAAAAUAUCGGCUACCCGGCUAUGCUAACUAGCAUGCUAGCUGUUGGGGUUAAUAAACAGUUUAAACCUCUCUGUUUAAAGUAAUAAAGAACUCAUUUAAAUCUGAUUUUAUACAGAAACAUGCAGUUUGACUCUUAAUGUAGUUAAUCCGGAUUAUGUUUGGGUUUAAAUACUUAAUUUAGAUUCAGAUUUAAGUAGACCAGUCCAGGGGAGCUUCAGCCUGAAGGGUUAGCCGACAGUUAGCAGACUCAGAUCGAUUAUUACCGAUCAGAUCUAGUCUGUGAUCGAUAAUGAGUUUAAAGGGUCCGUCAUGUUAAAACUGUGAUAAUAUUCUUCAUCUCAUUCAGCUGCUCAUAUUCUGCCUCAGGUCCCCUAGCAACAAGCUAAAUCUCACUUCCUGUUGGGGUUCUUCACAAUAAAAGCACCGCCGUUUGAACUGUAGACUGCAGGGCUCGACAGUGCGAAAACAGCAUUUAAGAUUUGGAUUAGAUUUAUUUUUCAUAUCUACACAUUUUUAACAAAUAAAAGAACACGCUGUUUACAUGAACUUCUGUCUCAAAUGAAAAAAAACGAGAAAGGUGAGCAGAAUCUUGACAAAAUGUCGCCUAUUACACAGUGACUGAAUUUUGACAUUUGGCGCCCCUUACCAUAAUUGUCCAUUUCAUCCUGUUGGACCAAAUCUGCUCAGCAUGAGUUUAAAAAACCCCUCAAAAGUCUGAGUAUCUGUGUUUUCUUUGGGCUCUUUCAGGUUGUCCAUCAUGUUUACCUGAAGCCUGAGCGUCUGACCAAAAGAAGCUCACCUGAAAACCUCCAGCUGAAGAUCAAGAUCAUCUACGACUACAGCGUGGACCUGUAAGUUCUGCAGCAGAGCAGCUGUUUAAUCAUUCAGCAGCUGUACCCACUGACUGUGACUACAGGCAGGUCUCUGUUUCUCUCCACAGACUCCCCGCAGACAAGAGGAGGCUGGUGAAGGUGAGUCUGGUUUUAGAAAUAACGUUGAGUGAAGUUUCAGUUUGAAGCGAGGUCGGGAGCUUCAGGUAAUAACAACGGUCUGAGGUGUGACGGACGUUAAUGCGUUCCUCGUGUGUCUCUUCAGGAUAAGCUGUUUCCUCAGGCCAUCGAUUACCUGCAGAGAGCCUUCAGUGUGAGACACCGGGUCGGACCGGUGCUGCUCAGCAGGUAUGUGGACCUUCCUGAAGAUGCAGAGUCAUUUCGAGUAAAGAGGUGUGAGGGCGCUCAGGCUCACCAAACCAUCAGAGAGACUUCUCCUGAUUUUAACAGGAGUGACAGAAAAGAGGAUCAGGUUUUUGGACUUCUCAGACACACUCAGGACUCUGACGUUCUCCAUCUUCAGUGUGGAGAAUCUUCACGUCUGUGUGUGUUUUCUCUGUUUGCUCAGACAAUGUGCGACCAACCAAUACCUGAGGAAGAGAGAUGACCCUCACCGCUACUGCCAGGACGCCUGUGCAGACGUCACACGCUGUGGCCCUGUGAUUGUCCCACAGCACCACCUGCAGGUAAGAGACGGACACUGUCACAGAAAUCAAAACAGCAGCAGAUGUCUUCAUCCAUGAGUGUCCAGGUGUGUUUACUGAAGCAGCUGGAGCUUCGACUGAGUUCAAACAAGUCCGAACAACGAGCCAACAACAAGUUUCAUGAUGAGAAAACUUGGUUAAUAUCUCAGCGCUCCACAGAGGACCGUAAACGAAGAAUUUAAAUGUGACUUUAGAGUCUUCAAAAACACUCAGUGGACUUACAUAGAAGUAUAAAUUGAAAUUAUUAUUAAACUAUUAUGAGUAAAUAAAUGAUUGAAUUUCUCUGUGGGGACAAAAAAGUUCUUCUUCCUCUUAGAGUUAGAGUUCAGAGUUUUAUAAUAAACAGACUGACUACAGCAGCGUCCUCCUCUCCAUCACUCCAACUCUUCUUCCACAGCAAUGUAAGGUCUGCAGUGAAUCAGGGAAGUCAUGCGGCCCCUCAGGACCCCCGGACGGCCCCGGAGUCGAGGGCUCCGACUUUGUGCUGUACGUCAGCGGCAUCACCACGGAGCGCUGCGGCCAGGAGAACAUCGUGGCCUACGCCGCCUACUGCCAGCUGGAGGCGGAGCUAGACAGGUGAGGCGGGGAGACACCUGAGGACAGUGUGUGUGUGUGUGUGUUUGAGUGUGUGUGUGUGUGUGUGUGUGUUUAUAUUUGAGUUAACUCAGAGGAAGAUCUUUAGCUGAUGUGACUAAAACUGUGAUUUCAGCCUUUAUUCCUGCCUCUCUCUAACUCAGUGUGUGUGUGUGUGUGUGUGUGUGUGUGUGUGUGUGUGUGUGUGUGUGUGUGUGUGUGUUCAUGUGUGUGUUCAUGUGUGUGUUCAUGUGUGUGUUUCAGACCCAUAGCCGGUUAUGCUAACCUGUGUCCCACGAUGAUCUCGUCUCAGCCGCAGGAGUUUGAAGGGAUGCUCUCCACUGUCAAACACGAGAUCAUCCACGCUCUGGUCAGUACAGGUCCUCUGAACCCUGUUAGAUCAGGUCUCAGGUCUCAUCAGGUCUCAUCGAGUCUCAGGUCUCAUCAGGUCUCAUCGAGUCUCAGGUCUCAUCAGGUCUCAGGUCUCAUCAGGUCUCAGGUCUAAUCAGGUCUCAUCAGGUUUCAGGUCUCAUUAGGUCUCAGGUCUUAUCAGGUUGACAUCAGGUCUCAUCAGGUCUCAUCAGGUCUUGGAUCUCAGCUGUUCUGCUCUCUCCUCACCAGUUCCACCAUAGACCGUUAAAUUCUGAUACUGGUCUCCCUCUGGUGUUUGAGAUGUUUCCUUGAGGUGCUGUUCCUCUUCUGUCCACUAGGGGUUCUCAGCCGGUCUGUUUGCCUUUUACCACGACGAUGACGGUAAACCUCUGACUCCACGUUUCACCAGCGGCCUCCCCGCCUUCAACGAGAGGUGAGGAGAUGUUUGGUCUGUCCUCAGAGAUCUACAGGGUCUCUAAGAGAAGAUCCAUCAGGUUUUUGUGAUCCACCUGAUCCAGACUCUGACUUACCCCCAAUUUCCACCACAUCUGGAACGGCAGCGUUAUUCUCCGUACACCAUUUCCCACCGGAUCCAUUUAUGAGGCGAAUUUCGUGGUGGAUUACAGACAGCGUUAAUCAUGAGAACUCACGAGAACCCACAGAUUCACGUUCAAUUGUGCAAUAACAAGUUGUUUCUAUAAAGACAGACACAUAGACAUAUAAGCAGUAGAUUGUGUCCUUCCAGAGGAUCCUCAGAGGAACGGAAAGAAGUCGGUGUAAAUUGACACGUUAACUUGAAUAGUUACGAUCAGCUACGAUCGGAGGAUACGACCUUUUAGGAGACGAUCAGGAUGAAGGUGGAAGUUGGGGGUUAGAGGGUCUAUGAAGGUCAGAGUGACUGCAGGAAAUCCUCAACAUCUGUGUGUGUGUGUGUGUGUGUGUGUGUGUGUGUGUGUGUGUGUCAGUCUGGGCCUGUAUCAGUGGAGCGACGCCGUGAUCAGGAGGGUCAGCAGACUCUGGGACAUCAGAGGAGGAGUGAUGCUCCGACACCAAGUCCACGUCCUCGUCACGCCUCGAGUCGUGGUGAGAAACAGGAUCAGAAACUUUAGGGAUGGGAAUUGAUAAGAUUUGAUCGAUAACGAUGCGAUUAUUGAUUCUGCUUAUUGAUUCAAUUCUUUAAGGAUUCCCUUAUCAAUGCCUUUCUUUGAUUUAAAAAAAUGUAGACUAUAGGUUUUCACCGUUAACUCAUAAUUUUAUUGAAUCUCUGAUAACAGAAACAGAUGUAUGCUACCUUCAGUGAGAGUCUAAAACAAUCAAACAGAAAUAUUAUUUGUAUAGAAUUUCAUCGUGAUUAUGUUAGCAUAUUAAAUAUGAGUGACCAUAUUCUGAAUCCAGGGAGGACAAUGCGGGGCAGACUUGUCUGUGAAAUUUUGAGGGUUUUUUUGUUCGGGUCGAGUGUUUUUCUGUUCUUCUAACUCAGUUAAACAUGUUAUUCUAAAUUCCCAAAGACAGCGCAUGCGUGCGUCACGUCAGUGUCUUUGCUUAGAAGUGAGCGGAGGGGCGGAGCUGCAGAGAGGACUGAUGCUCUGCACUGUUUUAUAAUCAAUAGAUACAUUCAUUAUAGCCCCCAAAAGAGGACGUAUGGUCACACUAACAUUCGUACCUUCUAUGCUAUGACCCGUUGACAAAUGUUUAAACAUGUUUCUGGUGUUUCCAUCUUUGCAUGUUAUCACUGCUCCACAAACGUCGCACUGUUGUCCUCUUUCUUAGUCAAAUUAAACCACGCUUAGACCGUUUCUGCCGACUUUUUGUAUCGUCCGCCAUGUUUUUUUCUCCGUCUCUGUUCGCGUUCACGUAGACUGGCUUUCACAAGACCAUUUUUCAGGGCACCUAGAAGAGAGGAAUCGUUAAGGGAAUCGUUAAGAUAAAAUGUAAAUGAUGUCGAUGGGUUGAAUCCUUUGGAACCGGUUCUCAAGAACCAGUUCUUGAUUCUCAUCCGUGUCAAAAACCCUCAAUGAGAGGAUGUUUUAAAACCGUGUCUUUAGGAACCACAGACUCUGAUGUUUGAUGAUGGAGGAGCUUUAGCAUCUCAGAGGAGCAGUCUGACUCCUGUGUUCAUGUGUUCAUGUGUUCAUGUGUUCAUGUGUUCAUGUGUUCAUGUGUUCAUGGCCUCUCUCUGUCUUCAGGAGGAGGCCCGGAGACACUUUAACUGUCCCAUCCUGGAGGGGAUGGAGCUGGAGAACCAGGGCGGGACGGGGACGGAGCUGAACCACUGGGAGAAGAGGCUGCUGGAGGUGAGCUCCCUCUGUCUGAGUUCAUCAGGAGAACCAGACUCUCUCUCUCUUCUCUGGUCCUCAUCCUCUCUCGUCCCUCCAUCAGAACGAGGCCAUGACGGGCUCCCACACUCAGAACCGGGUCUUCUCCCGCCUCACGCUCGCCAUCAUGGAGGACAGCGGCUGGUACCGAGCCAACUACAGCCUGGCUCAGAGGCUGGACUGGGGCCGCGGUCUGGGCUGUGACUUUGUCAUGAAGAGCUGCAAGUUCUGGAUGGACCGACAGAGACAGAGGUCAGAGUCCGGGUCCGUUUGGAUUCAGGAGAACUCAGAACACUCCAAGAUCUCCAUCCUUUCAUUUUUAAACAUCAGCAGAAAACCCCGCCCCCUCAUCUCUGUCUGACCUCUUUGUGUUGUUGCUGCAGGCGGCACGCCGUGACGCCGUUCUGCGACACGGUGCGAGCGUCUCCUCUGCAGCUCACCUGCAGACAGGACCAGCUCGCCGUGGCCGUCUGCAACCUGCAGAAGUAUCCGCAGGAGCUGCCGCUGGAGUACCAGGUACUGACCCACCAGAGAGGGCGAGGGGAGGGUCAUCGAAACCAUCUGGAUCACUGACAGGCUGUGUGUGUGUGUGUGUGUGUGUGUGUGUGUGCGUGCGUGCGUGUGUGUGUGUGUGUGUCAGUAUUUCGACAGGAUCCCAGACGUUCCUGACGAUCAGCUGUCCAUGUUCGGCGGCGCGGUCGAGAUCGCAGACUUCUGUCCGUUCAGUCAGGAGUUCAGUUGGCACCUGAGCGGAGAGUACCAGAGGAACUCGUACUGCAGAGUGACCGAGAACCAGCCGGGUACCCGGAACCAAACACACUGAAGUUUAUAAAUAACAAUAUUUACAUCAAACUGUAGAGACGUAUUCUGGUGAUUAUUAUUAUAAUAAACAAUCUGUGUGUUCAGACUGGUGGAGGAACUACGGGGCGGAGCAGUACGGUCCAGACUCGGUGUGUUUGUACCAGAAGUCGGCCUUCGUCAUGGAGCAGUGCACCAGGAAGAUGACGUACCCGGACUGGGGCUCCGGCUGCUACAAGGUGCUGAAGAACCGGGUUUAUGAUCAGAACCAGACCGGUCCUCAUGAUUUAUCAUUGUCAUAAACCCUUUGUGUGUCUCUGUCUCUCUCUCUCUCUGUCUCUCUCACUCUCUCUCUCUCUCUCUCUCUCUCUCUCUCUCUCUCUCUCUCUCUCUCUCUCUCUCUCUCUCUCUCUCUCUCUCUCUCUCUCUCUCUCUCUCUCUCUCUCUGCAGGUGUGGUGCUCGUCUCAGGGCCUGACGGUCCACGUUCAGGACCGCUCCUUCCUCUGUCAGCGUAAAGGUCAGCUGCUGAGCGUCAGCGUCCGGGUCAACGACUGGGUCUAUAACGGCGUGCUGGUCUGCCCCGCCUGCAGCGACUUCUGUGACGACUGUCCCCUCCCCCACCAGAUCCCGCCCACAAAUGCCUCCAGGAGCAACCCCAUUGGUCAGUAUCACCUGACCCAUUUAACGUAGUUUUCCUGACACUGAACUGAAGUGAUGAUUUCAGUGUGAGUGGACCAGAACCGGGUCUGAGAGUGAGACCAGAAAUCUACAAAAUCAAACAUCAGGACUAACUAAACUGUUUUAAAUUAAACUGAUUUAAACUUAAUUUCGAUUUUACCGAGCUAACCUGUCCUCAUUGACUCAGCUAACAUUAAUUAAACUGAGUUUAGUUAAUCCAGAUUUAGUCCCAGUUUCUGAACCAGGUCUUUAAGGUGGUUCCUCAGACCCGGUUUAACGGUCUGGACUCUCAGCUGAAUCGGUGUAUCCGUUUUUGUGUUUCAGACCCGUGCUCCGGCUCCUCUGGUCCCGCCUUCACUCUGGGUCUCCUGAUGCUUCACCUGCUCCCUCUAGUGGCCGGUCUGCUGCUGUGCGACUGCAGCUGA